CAGUGCCGGUUCAUCUCCACUGAUGGUGUGCAGAACAAGGGGGACUUAGAAGAAAAACUUCUCAAUCAAAAAAACCUUCAUAUUAACAUCAUUUAAAAACUAACCAAAAAAGCAACUAAAAAAAAAUCCUGCAUCAUGAGCUUUGAUCCUUUCAUUUCCUCCUCCUCCGUCCCAUUUCGGCGCUGGGAUGACCACUCCAGUGCCUACCGCCUCUCCCAGAGCCCCCUCUCCUCCUCCUUCUCAUCUCGGCGGCUGCUGAAGUCGGGGCCAGCGGGGAGCUGGGAGAAGAAUGACAUGACUGUGAUGUGCUCCGAGCUGCUGGGGCUGAGAGCUCAGGAGAGGGAGCAGUUAGUAGGGCUGAACAACCGCUUUGCCUCCUACAUCGAGAAGGUACGGCACCUGGAGCAGCAGAACCGUGUGUUGCUGCUGCAGCUGGAGGCCCUUCGGCGUGGGCAGAGUCAGCCGUCCCGCCUGCAGCAGCUCUACCAGCAGGAGGUGCGAGGUCUCCAGGAGCAGCUGCGCCAGGAGGCCCAGGACAAGGCACGCAUGGAGGUGCAAAGGGACGAGCUGCGGGAGGCGCAGGCGCGGCUGCAGGAGCGCUGGGAGCAGGAGGCCAGGCGGCGUGAGGAGGCUGAGGAGGAGCUGCAGCAUGCAAGAGAGGAGGCGGGCAGAGUGGCUCUGUGGAGCUAUGAUGCUGGGGUCAACGUGGUGUCUCUGGAGCGGGAGCUGGCCUUCCUGAAGCAGGUGUUUGCAGAGGAGCAGGAGGGGCUGCGGGGGCAGCUGCAGGUGACCAGCCUCAGCUUGGGCGAGAAGCUGGAUGUAAGCAGGCCAGACCUCUCGGCUGCCCUGAGGGAGAUCCGUGUGCAGUACGAGAGCCUAGCUAGGCGCAACAGGCAGGCGGCCGAGGUGUGGUACCAGGGUAAGGUGGCUAGUGUGGCACAGGUAGCCAACAAGCAGGAGGAGGCUGUGCGCUCGGUGCGGGAGGAGACUGCAGAGUACCGGCGGCUGCUUCUGUCCUGCUCCACCGAGGUGGAGACACUGAGAAAUGUCAUCAACUCGCUGAAUGAGCAGCUGAGAGAGCUGGAGGAGACACAGGGCAAGGAGGUGUCCAAGUAUCAGGCGAGGAUAAGUGAUUUAGAGAGGGAUAUCGCUGAGGCCAAAGAGGAGAUGUCACGGUACUUGAAGGAAUACCAAGACCUGCUGAACGUAAAGAUGGCUCUGGACAUCGAGAUUGCGGCCUACAAGAAACUACUGGAGGGGGAAGAGAUCCGGCUGACGUAUUACUCCCUGCCAGCAUUGGCUUGAGCCCUUACCUACAAAUCUUGAUAACCUCCAUCAACACUGCACCAUUGCCCUAGCUCCUUUACUUGUACCAUCAACCCUGUUCCUUAAAGCCAUCCUCCUCAACCCUCUAAUAACACCAAAUUGCCACACAUGAUCCCUCAUAAGUGGCCCAAAACCCAAACCUCCACACCCUACUCAUAAAUUGUUUCUCUGACCAAACCUCUAACCACAUAGAACCCAAACUCCUUAUCCUUAAUCCCCUAAGCUAUUUACCUAACCCUGAGCCCCAGUACCUGAACCUUAAGACAUCUGACCAUUCCCUCAAAGCUCGUACUCUACCUACAUCACUACUUUAAAGACAAACGAGCCCUUGUGUUACGCAAGAGGUACACCAUGACCGUCCCCCUUCUUCUUCACACUUUAACUGAAACAAGAUGGCCGCCAUGGAGAGAAUGCUGACCGCAGCACUUGCCCAGCCAGAAGUCAAUAUCCUGUUGGCAAAUUCUAAGUGCCAGUCGCGACUGGCCAUCAAGCACCUUCUGCACAAACUCUUAACCAAUUGUUUGUGAAGGUGGAUGUGUACUGAGGCCGUGCUGACUUUCAGCCUUGAAUGCGCCAACAGGAUAUUUUUCUGCACACUUAUAACUAUAGUGAGUGUUAGAACUUAGAAGCCUGUUAAACGUCUAAUUUCCAUUCAGAGCUUUGGCACUUCAUUUGGUUGUCAUUUAUGUUGUGGUUGAUGUUUACAUUCUAAUAUUGUGAACUUUGGUUGAUUUAGUACUUAAAGUGUAUUUAAUUAGUGUAUGUGAAAUGAAACUUAUGUUCUAAAGAAAUUUAAGUCGUUUUAGUGUAUGGAACGGGCAGAGAACUGCAGGCUGAUGUAGAAGACAAAAACACUACAGUAGUAAAUAUCUGUGCGCUCUCAUCUGCUUCUGUUUUGUAUGCCCAUCUGAACAAUGUGAAACUGAACCUGUGACUAUAGGAUAAAAAAAUUGCAGAGAGGCAACUAGCAUCAGUCUCAGAUCUUCCUGGUGCUAAAUUUUAUUACUCUGCACCUAAAAGUAAUAUAUACUGAAUAAAUCUAUUGAAAAGCUC